AUUUUAUCUUACCAUAUAUGCCUGUGCCCGCACUUUUAGUUUUGCUCUUCCUCCCUGCCAUACCUAAAACACUACUUCCUCUCUCUUUUCUCUCUCUCAAAUUUGAUAUGGAUAACAGCAAUGAAAUAACUCAUGAUUUUUCACCCUUCUUCAAAGUUUACAAAGAUGGCAGAAUAGAGAGGUCUCUGGUCCUGGAGGAUCUUCCUGCUGGCCUGGACCCGGAAACUGGGGUCCUAUCCAAAGAUGUUGUGAUCUCACCAGACAGUGGCGUCAAGGCCAGAAUUUUUAUCCCAGAAAUUGUGGGGUCAGAUCAAAAGCUGCCCCUCCUAGUCCACUAUCAUGGUGGUGGCUUUUGUGUUGGAUCAGCGUUUCACAUUCUAACAAAAAACGUUCUCACUCCAAUAGUGAGCCGAGGCAACGUUAUUGCCAUCUCUAUCGACUACAGAUUGGCCCCUGAACACCUCCUGCCGAUUGCUUACAACGAUUCAUGGGAUGGGCUGGAGUGGAUUGCUGGUCAUUCUAACGGGCUUGGACCCGAGCCAUGGCUUAACAACCAUGUGGAUUUCGGGAAGGUUUUCUUAACGGGCGAGAGUGCUGGGGCAAAUAUAGCCCAUUACUUAGCGGUUCAAGUAGGCGCUAAUGGCUGGGCGGGCUUGAAACUUGCCGGUGUGAUCCUCGUGCACCCGUUCUUCGGGUAUAAAGACGUAGAUGAAAUGCACAAAUAUUUGUGUCCUACAAGUUCCGGGGGCGAUGACGACCCAAGAUUGAAUCCAGCGGUGGAUCCCAACUUGUCAAAAAUGGGAUGCCAGAAAGCCCUCGUUUGUGUGGCGGAGAAAGAUUUCUUGAGGGAUAGAGGGGAGGCUUAUUACAAGACCUUGGCUACGAGUGGGUGGCCUGGAAAAGUGGAGUUUUAUGAGACCAAAGGAGAGGAUCAUUGCUUUAACGCGUUCAAACAGUGUGGAGAGACAGAUGCCCUAAACAAGAAGGUCGUUGAUUUCAUGACUAUGGAGUGAGUAAUAGUACUUUAUGGCCCUACAAAACGGAACCGUUUCUUAUACAAGCGUUUUGAAUAAUUAUUGCACGUUCACAUGUCUUGCUGGAAUUAUCAUGUUAUUUCACUUGAAGCAUUUACAAUUUGAUGCUUUGUUUGGGAGUUGGUUUCUUACAA